AUCUACAAACUUGCCUUUAAAAAGGAACCCUUAAACUAAUCCUAGUCACCAAAGAAACCUAAGAGGUAAAUUUAGAAGAAAAAGGAAUAGACUAGCUAACGGCUAGUUAACCACUAGAAGAACGAGCUUCCCCCUUAAGCUGUCAUCGAGAAGAGGACCUCACGAGCUAAAGACGCAACCCCUGAAGCCGCUCCUUAAUCAAUUCCAUCGACUUGAAAGACCGAACGGAGGACAACCACCCCCAGCAGGCCACAUCCCCCGAAACGCUUUGAAGUGCUCCCUUUGUUUUCCGUUUUGAGUUUGAGAGGCGAAAAAUUUCUAGUCACAAAACAAAACACAAUGUCUGAUGUGGAAGUGGAUCCGCCACAGCAGCCGUCACAUCCGGUGGUGGCGAUAGCACCGAGGAGGCGUCGCGGUCGCCGCGGAGGAGCUGGCUGCCUGGCCAUGCAGUCCUCCUCCUCGCAGGAGGCAGCUUCAUCCUCUUCCUCCUCCUCCUCCUCAUCGCCGCUUAAUCGAUUCUGUCCACUGUCCAAGGGCGUCGAGGAUAACUGGACGUGGAGUAAGCGGCACCGGUCCAAGGAGGUGGUGCUCAGUGGACCCAAUUCCCGAACGGUGCACUUCCAUCCCAACUGGAGCAAGGGCACCGCCGGCGUUCAGGGCAAGCGGUCCCUGAACAACGGUCGCUACUACUGGGAGCUACACGUUUCGCAGCGGGUCUUUGGCACCUCGAUUAUGUUUGGAAUUGGUACCAAGUCCGCGAGGCUACAUGCCAAUGCCUUUCGGAAUAUGCUGGGCGAGAACGAGCACGGCUGGGGACUCUCGCACAAGGGCGUCCUGUGGCACAAGGGCGUGGCCCUGCUGUACACGAAGCGCUUCCGCGAAAACCAUCCCACCCAGAUAGGAGUGCUCUUCGAUGGGAUAGAGGGCACACUCACCUACUACAAGGAUGGCCGGUGCCUGGGCGUAGCCUUCAGGGGAUUGGAUCAGAUUGAUGAGCCCCUGUACCCCAUUGUCUGCUCCACGGCGGCCAAAACGGAGAUGACCCUUAAGUGCACCCGUAGGGAAUUCGUCAAUCUCCAGGAUCGCUGUCGGGCGGUAAUAAUGCGUAGGGUGCGCAGCUCAUCGCAGCUGGAGAAGCUGAAGCUACCGCUGCCCAUCAGUGAUUAUCUGGGCGAGGUUAUAGACGAAAUGGAGCCCCUGCGUCAGGUAGACAAUUACGAUAUACUGUGCGAUUUGUAGAUGAUCCCACAGUUAAGAUUAAGUUUAUAGAGUACGUCCUUAAACCGCCCCCAGGUAAAUGAGCUGGAGAUGUGCAUCAUGAAUUAUGAUUUGUAAGCGGCCCGUGAAUCUGUUUUUGUGCCAUCAAAGUGGAGUGCACUCCGCAUCCGCAGACGAUGCAGUGUGCCUCAGGGACAUGUAAAUUUCUCGUAAUAGUUGUAAAAGAGUGUAUUGUUAAGAACCAAGGAUUUAUCGAGGUAAUCCGAAAUUUCA